AAGCCUAUUUUUCCAUAUUUUCCCAAAUCCAGAGAAAGCGAUUCAAUGCAGAUUUUAAAACGUCUGAGUAGAGUAGGCUAAACAAACACAUCAUUAAUCAAGAACUUUCUUUCUGCAACAAUAACACCAAAUAGACGUCGCCCACUCGUAGCUCGUUACUAAAACCUAGUGUUGAAAGUUUCCUAAAGUAAUAACUGAGGCUCAAUAGAAUUCUCCAAAUAGCUUCAGGGUUAUAAAAUCUUAACACAUGACGAAUGAUUUGUGAGAAAUCUCACCACAGAGUCAUUCUGCUGUCUAACGGAACGCCUUCUCCCUGCCCCCUGGAUAGCUAAGGAAGUUUGCAGCCGUCUCCUCUUACGUCCCGUUAACGCAUGCGCUACAUAUUGUCGGGAAGACUUCAAGAUUCCCUGGGGCGAGAGGAACACCGGUUGAAACUAUGGCUUACUUUGACAAAAGUUAAUUUGUCGCGGAAAAGUUAGUUUGAUAAGGUUCUACAAUUCAGAGAAGCAGUAUACUCUUUGCAUCGAGCCUCUACACAUUUGAAUGCGAACGCAAUGUCUUUUAACCAUGAAACGCCGUUAAACAUUGGGAAUAGCGGUGAAAAACUUUUAAUGUUAGGUCUUUGCUGGCGAAGACAGACUUCUCAGAGAUGAAUUUCGGUGUGCCAGCAAACGCGCUCCUGCUUCGUGCUUGCGAUGAAGGAGACUACGAGAGCGCCAAGCGGAUUCUUGAGCCCGGGGCGAACGAGUCGGGCACGCAGUGCCGAAGCCUGCGUUUGGAUGCGGCGUCCGAGUGCAGCGUCGAUACCACCCGGGGAGUCUCCCUCGUCCCCGUGGACUGCACCGACGAGGAGGGGAACACGGCCCUUCAGUUCUCCGCCGCCACUGGACACGAGAAUCUGGUCCGGUUCUUGCUCAGAAAGGGGGCUUCAGCGGACAGUCGAAACAACUACGGCUGGACGCCACUCAUGCAAGCUGCGAGGUUUGGUCACCUGACGGUGGCGCUGAUCCUGCUGGAGCACGGCGCGGACGUUAAUGCCCACAACCGCGUGGGCGCCAGCGUGCUCAGCAUGGCAGCUCGGGGAGGGCACUGCCACGUGGCCAAGCUCCUCCUGGAGUCGGGCGCCUUCGUGGACGACUACGACCACCUGGCCAUCCCCGAGGCCCCCAGCAUGGACAGCGGCAGCGGCGGCGGCAGCGGCGGCGGCAGCAGCAGCGGCGGCAGCAUCUCGGGGGCGGGGCUUGGGGAGGGGCUAAGCGAGGACUGGGUGCGGGCGUUCCUGGAGGUCACCCCUCUGCUGGUGGCGUGCCAGCUGGGCCACGAGGGCAUGGUGCGGCUGCUGCUGGAGUGGGGCGCCGACGCCACCUUCGCCCAGAAGUGCACGGGCUGGAGCGCCCUCAUGCUGGCCACGGCGGCGGGCAAGGUGAGCGUGGCACAGCAGCUGGUGGAGCGGGGCGCCCACCCCGACCACCUCAACGCCCUCGCCAAGACCGCCUUCGAGCUGGCGCUGCAGCUCAAGCACAAGGAGGUCAAGAACUACCUGGACGCCAUCACCACCGUCAGACCACAGUCAGAUGACGAGAAGAGGAGGCCUGAUAUCUUCAGAGCUCUAAAACUAGGUAACACGCAGCUGGUGCGGGAGAUCCUGGACGAGGAGCCGGCGCAGGUGAACGUGGCCAACGCUGACGGGGCGUCUCCGCUCAUGCUGGCGGCGGUGAGCGGUCACCUGGAGAUGGUGCAGCUGCUCGCGGACCACAGCGCCGACACGGACAAGCAGGACACCGUGCAUGGCUGGACAGCACUCAUGCAGGCCACUUACCAUGGUAAUAAGGACGUGGUGAAGUAUCUUCUGGGCCAGGGAGCCGAUGUGAACCUGAGAGCCAAGAAUGGAUACACCGCCUUCGACCUCGUUAUGCUACUAAACGACCCUGACACGGAGCUGGUGCGUCUGCUGGCGUCGGUGUGUAUGCAGGUGGACAAGGAGAAGCUCAAGCAGCAGAGGAAGACGCCCCUCCUGCGCUCCAAGAGCCGCCAGUCACUCAACAUGCCCCUCCCCCCAGACGACAGGGGGGGCCUCAAGUCCUGGUGGAACCGCAUGUCCAAUCGCUUCCGCCACUUGAAACUGACCCACACGCUGAGACACGGCCUCUCCACCAAUCGGCUGACCCCGUUCUCCGACGAGCCCGAGCCGUCGCUGGACAGCACCAUGAAGGCGGACUGGAAGAAAAGCAACACUCCUGCCACUGGCCCCAAUGGAGCUGUAGCGACAUCUAGUGGACAACCCACGCAAGACACCAGCACCGCAUGGGCACCCAAGAGCAGAGAUAGUGGUAUUGGAAGAACUGGCUCUGAGAAGGACGACAUCCUCAUCACGACGAUGUUGAGGAAUGGUGCGCCACUCACCAAGCUGCCCAAUGACAAGCUGAAGGCGGUGAUCCCGCCCUUCCUGCCGCCGUCCAACUUCGAGCCGUGGAACUCUGACCGCUCGCGCCUGCUGAAGGAGGGCAAGACCACCGAGGCCCCCCGCCUGCCCAUGCCCACGCGGCCCACCAAGGCCCACCUCAACAGCAGCGGCAACUCCGACAUCACCUCCAUUAGUCGGGUGGUGAGCAGCAGGUCCAUUAAGUUCCCCAGCAUUGGCAAAGGGUCGUCCUCCUCCCCCUCCAACUCCGGGAACUACAACUCCCCUCACUCCUCAGGAGGAAACUACAACUCCCCUCACUCCUCAGGAGGGAACUACAACUCCCCUCACUCCUCAGGAGGCUCCAACGGGGUCGCGGGGGUCAACCGCCACACUUCCGACUCCCACAACCGCUCAGGGGGCAGUGGUGCGGACAGUGUGCUGUCCCAGAUCGCUGCCCACCGGAGGAGAGCUGCAGGGCUGCAGGAUGCCAAGGCCGUUUCCCAGGAGACGCCGUGCCCGACCCCACUACCAGCGCCACCCACCGUGCCCACCCUCCCCGAGAUCACCCUGCCCGACAUCCACAGCACACACACCCUGAUCACCGCCGACCUGCACACCCGCCGGAAGGUGGAGCUGAAGAAGCGUCCUCAGUCGGGCAACUCGUCCACGUCCAAGAGCACGUCCCCCACGCUGACCCCCUCCCCCUCCCCGACCCCCAAGCCUCCAGGGGGCGACUCGCUGUCCUCCGCCUCCUCACACCCGCGCUCCAAGAGCAGCGGAGGGUCCAGCAGCGGCACCAUCACAGACGAGGAUGAGUUGACAAGCAUUUUGAAGAAGCUCUCCCUGGAGAAGUAUCAACCCAUAUUUGAGGAACAAGAGGUGGACAUGGAGGCCUUCUUGACCCUGUCGGACGGGGACCUGAAGGAGCUGGGCAUCAAGACGGACGGACCCCGGCAGCAGAUCCUGGCCGCCAUCUCCGAGCUCAACGCUGGGAAGGGCCGGGAGCGGCAGAUCUUACAGGAAACCAUCCACAACUUCCAGUCAUCGUUUGGGAGCAGCGCCAGCAACCCACGGCCGCCAGGAUACCCUCGCUCUCCGACCGGCUGGACCCGGCACCAGGUCCGCACCCCCAACAAGAGGUAGCCCCAUCGGCCAAUCACAGAUGGACUUCCCCCAUCAGGGGGCCUCUGAAGUCAUGUGACUCGACUCUGCGGGCUCUCAUUGGUGGACGAGGUUCCCUUUGACGCCAGUGUUCCAGAGCACCUUCGUGUGUGUGAGGACACUGCAGCUCAGCGCUUAUCCGCCCCCCCCGCCCCCCCGCCCCCACACACACCCGAGGGGGCGCUGCCACGGCCGAGCAGGGCAGGAUGAGAGGUAGAGGGGCAGGUCCAGGGUAACGCCCUCCUCCCCAGUCCACAGUCACCCCAGGACAGAGCGCCUCUCAUGGACUCAUGUGUCUAUGGAGGGGCACCAGGAGACGUGCACUUACACCUCAUGGACACCAGGUGGCGACAGAGGGCUUGCAACAGAUGCCUCAGGAGGCAGAAAGGUCAUUUUAGGUUUUGCCCUGUAACGCAUCAUAUGGGCAGAACCAUGUGUGGAGGAACGCCUGCAGGGGCAUCGAGAGGAGAGCAAAGAGUAGAGGAGCAGGGGAGGAGAGGAGGAGAGAGGAGAGGAGAGGAGAGCACAGUACAAGCCAUGGAGUAGAGGAGCAGGGGAGGAGAGGAGGAGAGGGGAGGGGAGGGGAGGGGAGGAGAGGAGACGAGAAGAGUGGAAAGGAGUGGAGAGGAGAGAACAAAAGAGGAGAAGAGAAGAGUGGAGAGGAGAGGAGUGGAGAGAACAGGAAAGGAGAGAAGAGGGGAGGAGAAGAGUGGAGAAGAGAGGAGAAGAAAGGAGAGGAGAGAAGAGGGGAGGAGAAGAGUGGAGAAGAGAGGAGAAGAAAGGAGAGGAGUGGAGUGGAAAGAACAGGAGAGGAGAGCAGAGCAGAGGUGGUGCUUCUAGAAGAGAAAUACAGUAUAUGGGGAAGAGUUCUGGAAAGAGACCUCCGCUUGUGUUAGUACUUAUUACAGUUUUUUACAAUCACUUUGCUACUAUUUUCAGAACCUUGAUGUCAUUUUUCACAACUCUAGACAGAAAAUUCACAACCAAUGAUCAAAAUGCAAAUUUAUCAAAACUCUAACCCUUUUCUCAAUUGCUUGGAUACAAUACACAUACAACUUAGAUCAUUUGUUCAUUCAACAAAACUCACCUGUUCAAUAUGAUACAACUUAACUAGCCUCGCGAGCCAUCCACGUACUUCCGGCCAAGGAUUGCCUCCACUACGAGUCUGGCCGUGCUCCUCUGUGGAGCAUUCUGCUCGGUAGAAUUGUAACAGAACGCCCCCCCUCCAGAAAGCAGCCAAUAAACGAAGAGACGGGUUGGUGGGGGCGAAAGGGGGAGGGCGCUCGUGACGAUGACGUUAAACGCCUGCGCUAUGUUGUUAUGAGUAACUAUCGCCGAUUGGGUGAGAGCUGUCCAAUCAAUUCAAACCAGAACUGGGCGUUACUUCCCGCUUCCUGCAAGCGCUUCAGAGCAAAGAAAUUCCAGACCAUAAUACGAAAUGAAAUGGUAGUAUUAUGGGAUGGUUAGGACCAGGCUACAACUUAACAUCAAAGUACUACUAUUUCAAAAGGCAAUUCACACAUUACAUUUCAAAUGAGCGUCUAUUCAUUUCCUUAUAAUGAUCUAACUAUCAAUUGAUACAACUGCUCAAAAUGAUAAGUAACUGUUGCAUUACUCUUAAUGCAUAGUUGUAUGGAAACACGAAACAGACACACAAUCUUCCAUGUUUACUGCAAAUCAUGAAAGUUUCAAGAUACUGUAAUGAGAUUCACUGUCACCAAUUAGUGUGGAGCAUGAACCAAUUAGACUACAAUAUCCAUGGAUGUAGCCUAAUAUUUUAUAUCUUUAUAUACAGUAAAAUAAAUGUAUAUUUUACUUUAAUUCAAAUAAACCUAUUGUGAUUGUACUGUAGUGUUUUGCAUCAAUAUAUUACAAACUUUGUUCAAUGAUUCCACUGUGUCUGUAGUAUUCUCUCUACUAUUGCAGUACUUUUACAGAGAUGUGUUUACUGUACUGUUCCUGUAGUACCAAAAUGAAACCUGUAUCACCUAUUUUGUUCUACAAUAUCUAAUGAUUGUACGAACAAUGACACAAUGAAACUAUAGGUUACUUGUGUGCGGGUGAUCUAUAGUUAUGUUUCAGUGGCAUUUCACAGUAAAUUUGUUUUUUGAACCAAUGAUUGUGCGAGUGCAAGAUUUCUUUGAAGAUGUGAAUGCACAAUCUAAUGUUUUGAAUAUUAGAUAACCUGUGUUACA